UUCCUUUUGCAUAUAUAGCGCACCAAUACAAACAACGGCUAACUUUGAAAAGUAGAAUUAGUUAGGGUUUAGCGAAUGGCUUCUACAUCGAAUCCAGACACCCAUGAAUCACCGCAGAAAAGCGUCUAUAAAGAUCCGGAUGAUGGACGCCAACGUUUCUUACUGGAACUCGAAUUUGUUCAAUGCCUCGCUAAUCCCACUUACAUUCACUAUUUGGCUCAGAAUAGGUAUUUUGAAGAUGAAGCUUUUAUUGGGUACUUGAAAUAUCUUCAAUACUGGCAACGACCUGAGUACAUAAAGUUUAUAAUGUAUCCACACUGCCUAUUCUUUCUCGAGCUUCUUCAAAAUCCAACAUUUCGUAAUGCAAUGGCGCAUCCUGCUAACAAGGAAGUGGCACAUAGGCAGCAAUUUUACUUUUGGAAGAACUAUAGAAAUAACCGGUUGAAACAUAUUUUGCCGCGGCCGCUUCCUGAGCCUGCAACUGCACCAAGUUCUGCUCCACCUGCAUCACUACCAUCAAGUGUAGCCCCUCCAGCCGCUCCACCUCCUGCUCCUACGCCUGUUACAGCUGCAGCUCUUUCCCCGAUGCAGUAUGCCAUCCCUCCUGGAUCUGGUCUUGCUAAAACUGACCCAAGGAAUGCUUCUGUUGAUCGAAGAAAGAGAAAGAAAGACGGAUGAUUUUCUUUACUCAUAGCACAUACCUCCUAUCAAUUAAUUCAUGAAUUAAGGUGAUCAUCCAUGGAAUUAGACUGCCUCAUAUGUUUAGAAAAGAAGUCAACCCUGUUUAAUUGCUGCGUGCAGUUUCAAGAAUGAAGCUUGGCAGUUGUAUACUGCAAUCUGGUGCACCCCAAAACAAAACAAAAAUAGAAAUUUUAGUUCUUCCUGCAGGCCAUCACUCAUCAGCUUACUCUUGCUGUCACCUGUUGUGCUGCUGAAGCUAGUAGUAGCUCAUGUGGUAGUGUAAGGAGCUAAACCUUGGAAUUGUAAUACCAUCGAAACGUCCAUUUCUCUUUUCUCUCAUGCUGGAGAAAUGCAUGCCAGCCAGCAAAUAGCUUAUUAUUGAACAGGCCCAGUGUGCUACCUUAGCCUAAUGAAGUCCUUGAAAAUGGUUUCUCAUCCCUUAUAUGGAACUUUGAGGUAAUAUUAUGUUGAUGGUUUCUUGUGCAGUAUAA